UACGCGCGCGUUUCUCCCGAGUCCGAGGAAGCUUCGACGCGAGUGCGAGUGCGAGUGCGAACGCUUACGACCGGCUACGAAAUUCGACGAGCGUGUACGAACUUACGGCCCGUGCUGGCGCACGCUUUACCGCCACGCGCCGGCUACCGAAAAGCCCGCCGGUUCAAUCUUACACCAGACUUCGUCACGAUCUCUCCAUCUCGAAGGAUUUUGGGUCCAUCUUCCGGCCCGGCACCUCAUCCGAAACGCGAUCGUUCGCCAUGUUCGCGACAUUGUUCCAAGUUACCUCGUGCUCGGUAUGACAGUCGCUCGAAUUUCGAGAUAAACGUUCGGGCAAAGUUAUCCUGUACUUCCGUUUCGGACGAGCACGAUCGUUCGCCAGGACGGAUCUCGGCCGCGAUACGAUGACCCUCGUGACGGAUACGGUGUCUUACGCGUGUCAAGUUGCCGCUAGACAGUCCUACGACGCUUAUCGGCAUCAUCAUCUGCAACUUCGGCAUCACCCUCACCACACUCAAAACCGUCAUCAUCGCUACCAUCAUCAUCGGCAUCAUCACCACUAUCAUCAUCACCAUCAUCACCGUCGCCGACGCGCUUACGCGUCCAUCGAGCACCCAUCGAUCGACUACCACCUGCAAGGAUACCUGUCCGAGAGAAACGUGGACGAAACAACGGGAAGCAUCGUCGAGACGAGCGAUAACGCGUUCGCGCUAGAAUCGGCUAGUUCGCAGCGUUACCGGUCGCGAACACCUCGAUACGCGCUGGAUUCGGACGACGCGUCGUCGAUCGUGUCGGUGGACGCUUCGGCGGAUUUCGAAUCGGUUUCCGUGGAGGCGGAGGAGAGCAACGAGGGUAACGAUUCGACGGAGCCGAACGAGUCCAACGAACCGAACGAUAGGAACAACGAAUCGAACGAGAGCGAGUCGAACGAGCACGUGCCCCAUCCGCACGCGGUGCUCGACGCGACAGCCUCGCCUCACGGACCUCGGAGAUGCCUUCUCUGGGCUUGCAAAGCUUGUAAAAAGAAAACCGUUACCGUCGAUCGAAGGAAAGCGGCCACCUUGCGAGAAAGGAGACGCUUGAGGAAGGUGAACGAGGCGUUCGAAGUAUUAAAAAGAAGGACCAGCAACAAUCCAAAUCAACGGCUACCGAAAGUGGAGAUCCUGAGGAAUGCGAUAGAGUACAUCGAAGGAUUGGAAGCGUUGUUGCAGACCAACAGAUCAUCGCCGGCUCAGGAUCACGGUUCAACCGAGAACUCGAAUGCAGGCACGUCGCGAUACGUGACGGAAAGACUGAGGCAAUUCUCGGACCCUUUGGCAAGGUUUCAACCCAUCAACGGUUUCGAGCACACGGUGGAAUCGCAGUCGCUCCAGGUCAGCGGGAGCAGCCUGGAUCGUCUAAACAUGAUCGUCCAAAGCAUCAACGGUCCGGCUCGUACGAGUACCGACGGCCAUCGAUAUCCUUCGCACCAGUAACAGUAACAGUAACAGUAACAGUAACAGCCGAGGAGAAACGGUAUCGAAAGAAUCGAGUGCUUUUAUCAAGUUCCUAGACGCGAUCGGACGCGUCUCUGUUCCUAACCAUCCGCGCCUCGAGGAGUUCUCGUCUCUCUUAAUUCUGUCGACGAAACGGACUCUGGAAUUUCCGUGGCUAGCUGCGACACCGACUUUUCGAUGGUCUCGUGGGACGUCCGGUCGGUCGUCGUGCCAGCUCGGAUAACUCUCGGCGUUAUCGAUUUCGCGUUUUCGAUCGCACCCCGAGUACCGACGUCGAAUGUACAUAUCAUACGUAUACGUGCACGCGUGUUUGUUCGCACCAGCUUGCAUAGAAUAAAGAGCAUCGAAAUAAUUUCUCUCUUUCUCUAUGCGUUUCUUAGGCCUCGCGUUCUGUUCCCACGCGGUCCAGGAGUAUUCGAAAAAGCAGAUGCUGAGAGUAUUCCCCGUCCGUUCGCACGCUUAACACCGAGCCGUGAUACUUUCCUCCCUUCUUCCCUUCUUCGCGCUAAUAGCUCUGUUUUGUCUCGUCCGUACCCUAGUCUCGUUAAGACGAUUCGUCGUCGGUCAGGGGACAGCUGGAGUCUUGUUCGAUUUAUGGAACAGCGUUUACGAAAAGUCGGCUGCCGGCACGACCAAAAGCAUCCCCGCCGGAAGCCGGUGAUCUCUACUAGGGUAGUAAAUAGAAAAGCUUAGUCGACGAGCCGUUCGCUGCGACACGGUAUCGGCACGUUUUAUAAACACGAGGGACACAUUCGUCUUCCGAAUUCGGAAAUCUCUGAGAAGACCGGAGAGAAGGGCUCUCGAGUUGGAAGAAAAAAAAAAAAGAAACGUCAGCGAUUUAGGGACGCGAUACGACCCCGAAUCGUUGUAAUUGGGGAAAAGCGGGGAAAACGCGCAGUAACUCGGGGUUACCCAACAUUAGCCGAAAAUAUCCAUGUCGCGGGAGUAAGAAUAGUUGAGGACGACAUAAAUAUUUUUGGAGUUACUGACCCGUCAAAACUCUCGGCACUUUGAGUCGAGCGUGUGCGUUUCCCUCGUUCAUAGCUUGUCUCGCGAACGCGGGAAAGACGCACGAGUUAUUAUUCGUAUCUAUUCGAUUCGAACGAAGUUGAUCGGGUACGAACUGCCAUUGAAAAAUAUUCCUUCGUAAAUUUUCAUUUAUACCGAGAAACGUUUACCGGUGUACCAUCUGUGUUUCGAUAGAAAGGGAUUUUCAAACUUUAAAUUCGUAAGCCCGCGAAACGCGAAACAUUGCGACACUCCUUCCGCCAUCUGACGGUUCGACUUAUUCGAAAAGUUUCACUUUCUCUCCACAGUAUCACGCUACUUUCACCGGAUUUCCUGUUCUAUCGACCGAGUCGACGCGCCCGUUCUGCCGCGUUUUUGAAUUUUUUUUUUCGUAGAGGACAUCGAAGGAUUUAAAAUGAAAUUGAUAGAAUUGUAAAGAGUCUUUAUUAUAUAUAAAAAUGAACGAUGCUAGAAAAACAGACGGUUUAGUCGCGAAAGAGAUCUCGUUCAAGGAGGACGAGAAACAACGUAGAGUGUUCAUUCAAUUUUAUAUAAAAUCGAAUCGAAAAAGGAAAAAGGGGAUACUGUGAGUGAAAGGGAAAGGUAUAUCGUUCUCUUCGAAAUAUUUAAAAAAAAAUACGCAUCGAAAGGAGAAGAACGAUCGACGAAAGGAAACGAGAAGCGAAGGUCGAGAAGGUAGUCGGUCGUCGCGCACUUUGACCGCUGCUUUUUGGACAUUUGCAGUUUCCGGCGAUGCACACCGUGUUAUUGCGAUUAUGAAAAGCAUCCGAGUUUCCUUUAUUCCUAGUAUAAACGAUCUCCGUGGGCAGACGAUUGUUCGCGCUCUCAAUUUUACUCGACGAGAGCCUCAUCGAGCUCUUCCCGUCUGCGCAGGUACCGUUUAUCUCGAUGCUAUUGCUCGCGACCAGGUUUGCGCUCGCGUUCGAGAACACGCAAUUUUCCAGGAAAACUAGAUCGCCUUCGAUCAACACGUAACCAGGUUUUCCCAGCCGAAACGUCGAUCGAACGAUCUCGACGCUCGAGAAGUAAGCGAAAUUCAAAGAAUCCGUGACGUUUCGAAAUUCGCUGUCUAUUAUGCGCAGAGUGUCGCUUCGUUGCGAGAAAUUCAGCUGGUCGAUGCGUUCGAUCGUGACGUUGAUCAUGGAAAAAUUGCCGAUCUUCAGAUCGGUGAAUCGUUCCUCGAACCUGUCGAUCCUCGCGUCCUCGAUGCGGAACGUCUCGAUGCUGUUCAAACUGACGAAUGUGUCGUGAGUGAUCAAAGGUAUCCGCCGAAUCCUGGAUAACUUUAAUCGCUUCAUUUUCUUCGAGGUGAGGAACAGCUCGAAUAUCAGCCUCUCGCUGAUGUUUUGUACAACGAUCUCCGUGAUCCGAUUCGCCUCCGUCAAGCUUGAGAAGUGUAGAUUCGCGAUAGUACAAGAAGCGAUCCUCAGGCUGGUCACGUUUUCGUAGUUGUACCCUUCCGGCAAGAAAAACUCCUGCAACAGAAAAACGCUAGCAACGCGGACCCGUUGGAUUUGCGCGCGGAUCAGCGGGAGAAUUUACCUCGUUUCCGAUGCAUCGGCACUUGACGAUAGUUUUCUCAUGAAUUUUGCAUUGCUCGCUGAUGUCGUACGCGGCUGUCGUCAAGACCGCGUAACUUAUCACUGCCAGUAUCGCGUUCAUUUCCUUCCGCUUCCACGCUCUUCCUUCUUAUCGUUAAUCCUCGUUCAGUGGAAUUUCCGUUUACACUCGGCAGAUAUUCGAGGAACCGCUCGUCGCGAAACGUACGCGACCAAAGUCUGAGCGAACGGUCGCGGUGGACGCGCGUCAUAGUCGCCGAGAGUAAAACAUUAAUCAGAGUCUCGGUGUGGAGGAGGAGCGGCGAAUAAAAAUCGUUCGAUCGUCGGGAUUAAGAUGGACACUUGUUUCGUGCCGCUUUUAUAUUGACUGACAGUGUGAGCUGUAGCCGUGGAAUCGUUGCUCCUCCUUCCUUCGUACACAUUCGAAACCUAUCCGCCACUCGUUACGUACCAAUUCCACGCCGGAAGGGCAUGCCAUCGUUUCACCGGAACUGCCGGACACACUGUUGGGAAAAUAACGAACGUCGGUAUCAUCGAGCAUUAGCUUUGUUCCUUUACACUUUGCACACUUUGCAUAUCUCUCCUGUUCCUGUCUCGAUUUAUCUUAACUAAAUUAACGAUUUUUUUUUUUUUUUUUUUAACGUU